AUGAUGGAAAGAUCACCUCCUCCUCCACAGGCUCCAGAGUCUGUUGUUGACACUACAGAACAGAACUGUAAGGUUUGCAAUGAUAGGAUGUGUGAAGGACAAGAAUGUUUGCUUAUUUCUGAAUGCAGUCAUGCAUUUCAUCGCUCUUGCAUAGAAACGUAUUUGUCCAAUUCUUCUGAAUGUCCAAACUGCAAAAGACCAUGUGCUCUGUCAGAACUUAGAAGAAUUGAUUUCCCUGUACAAACUCAACCUAUGGAAAAAGCUAAAAAUCAACCGCAAAGAAGACCCCGUGGUGCUGCAAAUAAACAUGUAAAACAUUUUACUAGAAGUCAAGCUAGAAAUCUAUUUCAUGAUACUCAAACUUCUUUAGCUGAAGGUAGUUCAAAUUUUGGUUUAUCCACACCACAAAGAAAUCCACCAAAUACUAAUGUGAAUAAUUCUCCUCAUAAUAAUCAACAGAGUCAGACAUUUGAUUAUGCACAACUGAAUUAUAUGAUAGAGAAUACAGUUUCACGAUUAUUACAAAAUCUUAAUUUAGCUCCAAUAGCCCAAACACAAAAUCCAAAUGUUCAACCAGUUUCAAUUCCAAAUAUUCCACCUAUACCCUAUUAA